UAUGCUUGCUCGCGAUUCCUCUUCGUCUUUCCUUUACUGUUUGUUUAUCGAGAAAAAAAACUAUCCGUCCUACUUGGAGAAAAACACUUCUUGCUUUUUUUAUCCAAGUUUUUGAAGUCCAUUCGGUGUAUUCUUCUUCGAAAACUUUCAAAAUCUGAUGUCUUUCGUAUUUUUUUGCUUCCAAAGAUUUUAAUGAUUCCUUUUUUUUUUCUUCAAUAGUUUUCUUCUCGGUGCUAAAAAAACACUACAUUCAUUUCUGAAUUUUCUAAAAUUUUCGUGAUUUUCUGUUUAAUUUGGAGGAUAAAUAAUUAAAUUCAAGUUUUUUAUUUCUUAAAUUUUUGGAAAAUAUUUUCUACAAAAGCUCUUACCUUUCCAUCCUCAUAGUUCAAAGAUGAAAAAAAUAAUGGUUGAACACUGCGUAGGUUAAAGUCCGUACAGGAAGAAGAUUUUGGGUUUUUCUUUUUUUUUUUUUUCUUUUUGUGAGAUUAGGGUUUUAAAUCCCCGGCAAAGAUGGUUUCUGCUAAAAGUCUGUUGGUGCAUAUGUGUCUGAAAUCCCCGUUUUAGCAAAUCAUAAUUAUAAUUUAUGCAACCAUUUUGGAGGAUUUUAGGAUUAGUGGGAGUAAAUGUCGUUCCGAAGUAUAGUUAAUGAUGUGAGGGAUGCUUUCGGCAGCUUAUCUAGGCGUAGUUUUGAGGUGAGGUUGCCUGGUCAUCAUAGGGGAAAAUCUCAUGGCUCAGUGCUUGAGUUGCAUGAUCAGCCUGUGGCUAUCCAGAAUAGCCGCUGGGCAGGCCUCCCUCCUGAGCUGUUGCGUGAUGUGAUCAAGAGAUUGGAAGCAAGUGAGAGUACGUGGCCUGCUCGUAAGCAUGUUGUUGCUUGUGCUGCAGUAUGUAGGUCAUGGAGGGAAAUGUGCAAAGAAAUUGUUAGAUGUCCUGAGUUCUCUGGAAAAAUCACCUUUCCAGUUUCUCUGAAGCAGCCUGGGCCGAGGGAUGGAACCAUUCAAUGCUUCAUUAAGAGAGACAAGUCUAAAUUAACUUAUCACCUUUUCCUUUGCCUUAGUCCUGCGUUGCUUGUUGAAAAUGGGAAGUUUCUUCUUUCCGCAAAACGAACUCGUAGAACUACUUGCACAGAGUAUGUAAUCUCUAUGGAUGCGGAUAACAUAUCGAGAUCUAGCAGCAAGUACAUUGGAAAACUUAGGUCAAAUUUUCUUGGUACCAAAUUCAUAAUUUAUGACACACAACCCCUGUACAACAAUGCUCAGCUUUCACCGCCUGGCCGGAGCCGAAGGUUCUAUUCCAAAAAAGUCUCUCCAAAGGUUCCUACUGGUAGCUACAACAUUGCUCAGGUUUCAUAUGAGCUGAAUGUGCUGGGUACUAGGGGGCCUCGUAGGAUGCAUUGCACUAUGCACUCAAUUCCUGCCUCAGCCCUUGAACCAGGUGGCGUUGUCCCUGGUCAGCCAGAGCUUUUGCCUCGAUCCCUUGAAGACUCAUUUCGGAGCAUCUCUUUCUCAAAGUCAAUUGACAAUUCAUCUGAGUUUAGCAGUGCCAGAUUCUCGGACAUUGUUGGAACCUGCUAUGAAGAGGAUGAGAGAAAGGAGAGACCUUUGAUUCUCCGGAAUAAACCACCACGAUGGCAUGAGCAGUUACAGUGUUGGUGCCUGAACUUUAGAGGUAGGGUGACUGUGGCAUCUGUCAAGAAUUUUCAGCUGAUUGCAGCUAAUCUGGCAGCAGCUGGCACCCCAACACCAUCACAGCCAGCCCACUCUGACCAUGAUAAGAUUAUUCUCCAGUUUGGUAAAGUUGGCAAGGACAUGUUUACCAUGGAUUACAGAUAUCCUCUCUCUGCAUUUCAGGCUUUUGCCAUCUGCCUGAGCAGCUUUGACACCAAAUUGGCAUGUGAAUAGAUGAAAAAGUGACAUGUUAAGCAAAUGGAACAUGUAGCUGGGAUAUUGGGUCUCUUUGCUUUCCAGCCUUUAUAGGAUGGGGUGCUUGUAUGCUGUCUAUGUACAACAAAUAUCCAGAGACUGGCAAGCACAGUACAUUUGUGCGCCUCAGGAUUCUUAGUUUUUGCCUUUUUUUUUUUUCCUAUUUUCUCCGUUGUGGUAGAUUGCUUGAUUGCUUUAUAAACGGUUUCAUUGUAUGUCUUCAGUUCAAUCUUUGAUGUUCUAAUCAUACUACCUGAAAAUUAGAGUUGAAAUAUGGAAGUUCACCGCGUUCAGUCUCUCUUUGGAGCUCGGUCUUUAUUAUAUUAGCGUUUCGUUCCAAUUAUGAACUUGCCAACCUGGUUUAAGCAGCUACAUCUUUUAUUCUCAUAAUAAACGAUUCAGAUGUAU